AUGCCCAGCCCUGCCCAGCAAACACGGUUUGCAGCUCCCCUGGCGCCAGCAGCCUCAGCGACUGCCUGCCGUGCCCACCCGCACACUGGUGACCCGGUCCUGCACGACUGUCCCGAAGGGCACUACUGUGACGGCAUUGCGGACUCUGAGUCUGGGAGCCGACCAGGUCCCAGGAAGUGUCCCGCCUUCACCUACAGAGACACCCCGGGGGCGGGAGGGAAAGGGGACUGCCACCCCUGCCCUCCCGGGACAUUCUGCAACUCCACAGGUCUUACUGAUUACUUGGGGUCUCCCUGCCCUCCCGGGUUCUGGUGCAGCGGGUCCGGUCAGCCGGUUCUGUGUCCCGGGGGCACGUUCAGGACCCUGCCAGGAGCCGCUGAUGCCAACCAAUGUGCCCCCUGCAUCCCUGGCACCUACUGCCCAGACCCCCGGGCCACCGGGAUGCCCAACACAGCGGGAAUCCCCUGCCGAGCAUCCUACCAGUGCCCAGAAGGCUCAGCUCUGGAGACGCCGUGUGAAGCCGGCCACUACUGCGGACCCCAGACAGGGGAGCCGUCUCCGUGUCCCCCGGGAUACGAGUGCCCUGAGGGCUCACACACAUACAGCUCGCCACAGCAGUUGUGCCCCUUCCCUUUCUUCUGCCCGGCGGUUAGCUCCUCCAGGCUGUCGUGCCCGGGUGGCUUCAUGCCCGUGAACUCCACAGGCCUGCGGGGGUCUCUGGAGCGCUGCUGUGUGCCCUGUGAAGCGGGCACCCACCGCCCAGCGCUGUCCUCCAUACUCCACUGCCAGCCCUGCCCACCUGGUUACCACUGCCCCGCAGGAGCAGAGAGCCACAGUGGCCACCCCUGUCCAAGCGGAUUAUUUUGCCCCCCGGGUUCUGCCAGCCCUCUUCCCUGCCCACCUGGUUCCUAUGGCAACCGCACCAACGCGGAAGCCAUUGAGGACUGCCAGGCGUGCCCUCAGGGCACCUUUAACCACCUGGCCGGCCAGACAGCCUGCUUCCCCUGUGGCAGCUCAGCCACCUCCUCUCAAGGAUCGUCCACCUGCACCUGCAUUGGGCGGAACCGGGCCUUCCAGCCGUCAGACGGCUCGUGUCUGUGCAAGACGGGCUUCGUCUUCUACAAUCAGCUGGACCUGAAGAGCUCCAGCGCCGACAGCCCACUGGACUGCCAACCAGAGGUGAGUAAGCGCUGUGGCUGGGGAGAGGUACGUCUGGCGUCGUCUCAAGAGUGUGUGAAGCCAUCUGAGUACUCCUGUGAUGUCACAUGUGGAGCUCACGGCGGCAGACUGGACGUCGACAUGGGGAUCUGCCACUGUGAGAGAUAUGUGUCAUCAGAGGAGCUGUGUGAUGCGGCCUGCUCUUCCCAGCUGCCCCUUAUAUCUGCCAGACGUUCUGCUGAUGGACACCUGCUCCUGGGGGUCAGAGUGCCUGAGGACACCCACAGCUGGAAUAGAAAGCUAGGCAGUGUUGUGGGACCGGACUCUCACGUCCAGGAUAUUGGGAAGAUUCACUUUGUCCAGUUUGACUCGGAUGGCGUGUUUGGCUGGAUUCUGAAAGAUCCCAGACUGAUAGACAGAAUGCUGAAAGAGCCUGUAGAGACCCUUGGCAGUGUUCCUCGUAGAAAGCGAUCAUAUGAAGAGAAUGAUGAAGAGCAUUAUGAUGAUGGUGAUGACGAUCAUGUCACAAAGAUGGCGCUGCUGGAUCGUCCGCCUCGUAUCCCAAACCCUAUAGCCUGCCUCUCGUCCACAGACAUGCUCAUAUUUCACCUGCACAUCAACCACACAGACCGCCUCCACAGCCAUUUCCCAGUAUACCAGAAGGGCCAUCUCUUUAACAGCAACCCCAGCUGGGACUAUGGAGCCUUUAGAAGACUGCAGUACCUGAUGACACACACACAGUUUAACUCCUCUAGGUUUGCCCAUGUGUUCCCUGAGUCAGGGACAUACGUGUUUGUGGACAACGCGGUGCCCGAGUGGAGCCUGGUGGUGGUGGUCAGUGAGGACGGCUCCGCCUGUGACCCCAAAGUGCCGCCCUUCCAGCCGAGCUCCCCCGCCCAGCUUGUCCGACACGGCGUCGUCCGUCGCCCACACCUCAACCUGCUGCCGGACUGGGGAGCCAUCGCAGGUAUCCUGGUGACUCUGCUGGUGCUGGUAGUCGUGGUAACGGGCACGACUCUACUGCUGAAACCACACAGACACCACCUGGUCUCCCAUGGCAACCCCAAACCUCGCUGGCGCAGUCUAGGUCAGCCGCCGGCACCUCUAGAGUAUGUCUACAAUAGAGAAAGUCUGGAUGCACCGUCUGCGCUGGGUCUAAGGGGAGUAGGGGAAGGAGCAGAGGCUGAGGAGACUGCCAUCUGGAGAGGAGGCUGUAAAGCUGUGGGUAUGGAGCUGGAGGAGUUUAAUGUGAAGACUCUCUAUGACAAGCUAGAGGACCAGAACCUGCAUGUGGCGUCCCAGCUGGCCAAACACCGCAAAGACACGCAGGAGUUUUACCGCAACAUCUGCCACCAGACCAACACUCUCAGAGACACUCUUGAGAACAUGGGCCCUGAGAAGCUAAGUCAGCUGAAAGAGAUCAUGCAGCUCAACAGCAAGCAGCACAACAUCCUCUGCAGCGGGACAGGAAUGGGGCAGGAUGAAGGGUUCAUCAGCAAAAACUCCCUGCAGGUGAUGGAGGCCCUGCUGCCGUCUGUGGAGACUCUGCUCUACCGGCUGUGUGGAGAGAGUUGGCAGCAGAUGGAAGCAACAGCACCGUGCCUCAGAGACACGCGACACACACCCUGCCGUAGAGACACACGCCAGCGCGAACUCCAGACGGGAUACACGCCAUUUUCCUCCACUGAUCUGACAGAGCUGAAAACAGGGCGAGAGACAGAGUCAGCAGGCCCGACUCAGUGCAGUCGUGUGUGUGUGAGUGAUCAGGAGUUGUCUCGGCUGGUGGCUCUCACUCCUCUUUCUCGGACCAUCCAGGAGAUCCAGGAGUCUCUGCAGAGCCUGCCCCACUCACAGGAAGUGUCUGAGGACGCUUCCGCUCCACCCCUGGCAUGUGAUCUGUCCGCUCCACCCUUGGUCCCCGUCCCUCUGGACUCCCUCUCCCCACACCACUUCUCCAUCUUCCUGUUUGGAUGCCAGCUGCUCCGACUGCUCCGCACCAUGCAGGGAUUCCCCCAGGUCCUACUGCUCCUGGCCCAGAGUAUGCCCACGGCUGCCUGUCACACUGACAGCACACUGGCCUACUGCUGCAGGGACUUUUAUUAUGACACAGAUAACCAGAUCCUCUACCUGCUGGAGUCCAAGCUGCAGGACGUGGGUCAAUUUGUCUGUGUCCUCCUGCACUCCAUGGCCUACAUCUCCUCUGGGUGCCAGGGAGCCAGACCCAGAGACUUUAUGGAGGCGUUCCACAAGGCCCUGUCUGCACUGGGGCUACAGCUGUUCACACUCUCUUUCACACUGGAACACAGCAAGAUAGAGGAUGAGAGCACCAGGAGCUUUCGAGGGACUGUCGUGGAGGACUUUCUGAGCGUGAAACUGUCCCCUGACACACACCUCUCACCUCGCCUGCUUCAGGAGAGGCUUCAGAAAUACAAAUACUUCAAACUGGAGCACCUUCUUAAUGAGCUCUGUCCGGCAAGACAGCCUGAUGAACUAUUGCCCUCUGCAGGAGCUGUGAGGAGUCAUGGAGCCCCUCCUACUCAGGUGUUGUGUAUGGAACAGGAGAUAAAGCGGCUUAAUGAGGUUUACCUGCAGUUGGACACACAGCUGUUGAACCGAGUCGCACACACACAGCGCUCAUCGGGGCCUCACACACACACUCUCUCGCAGGCACCUUCAGAGGCAGCCGAGGCUAGGGAGAGGACCUUGCUCCUGGGCCUGCGGCGGCACAGCGUGGCCAAGAGGCUGCAGGAGAUGAGAGAGAGGCUCUCUCGGAUCACGCCCCAGACAGCAGUCGCGUCUGAGAAGAUACACUCUGCUCAGCACACACCACACAGCUCUCUCGUGACGGAGAGCACACACACGGCCGACACACACACCAAGUCACAGGAGCUGAGGUCAGAGAGCGACCGCAGCGUCUCCCAGCAGAAGGCCGAGAGUCAGAAGGACACAGCAAAGCCCAUUGUCUAAAACACACACACACACAUUACACGCACGCAUACACACACACAUACAUACACACACACACAGGCGCA